GGCCAAUGAGUGCCUUCACGUUAGAAGCAUCCUCCUCAUCAUGGACCUUACGAACGACGGCAUAUGUCUAAUAACUUCACUCACGUUUCACGCCUCACCGCGCCGACGAUUUCAUUGUUUCCGUUUGUGUCACACGCUUCCCCUCGUCUUACAACGGACUUCCAUUGCUUUUCCGCAAAGGGGCGAGCCAACCGUAACUUCUCACCUCGGACCGCAUAUCAACUUUGAUGAUCUGCAGCAGUUCUUAUCUUCCUCAUUCAUUAUUCCAUCCGUUCCAGCGGUCACAGCUGGCCGUGGAUCAACAUGUCAGCCAAGUGGCAUGAUUCAGUCUCGGAACAAAAGGUGAUCAGCACGUCUUACAACGACGCUGAAUCAUCGCGCCGAGAUGAGGCCAGCCAACGGCGGAGAUCAGCAGGCGGAAAUGAAGGCGUUUCAGCUCGAUUCUCGUUGCUGACAGAUCUCCCGCGGGAAGCGUUUGGAGGGUCAGCCGGAGCGACGAACGGGAAGCGCGCAGAACGACUUUCGGGCGUCCGAUGCAUGGGAGACAAAAACUUGGUCGUCGACGGGAGAGUGCAUGAGCGUAGGGGGUUGUCCGGGGCAUUAUAUCGGCUUCUACCGGAUGGCUUGAUGAAAGGAACAAUGCGUGUAACAUGCGGGUGCUGUACACCUAACGCCACGACUGUAUGCAUCUGGCCUGAUCGGCCGUGCGCCAGGUGGGUUUUUGCGGAAGCCGGGGUGCUCCUUGUACAACGGGCGGGCAGGGUGGUGAAAUCGAGAUACAUACACAGUACAGUGCAAGAUCUGCAGGGGGGGUGUGUGUAUGGGCGGCCGUUGCAGGCUCACCCCAGCCAAUACGAACACCCGAAUGCAAAUUGCCGUGUUUGUGGGUUGGGCAAAAAAGCGCGACGGGCUUGAAAAGAUCCCGUGAACUGGACUAGGGCGUUUGGCGUUCAACGUGCGCUAAAAGCUCGUAUCUCAAGGAAAUCUGGGGCCGCGGGCGGACGAGGGGGACUUGUGUGUGCG